AUUUCAUCUCCACCACUUUUUUCAGUUGCUUCCAUAGUUCCAUGGCGGCAAUUUCAAGUCGCAUCAUCAACACGAACUCAUUGAAUGGUCAUGGCCAACUCUUCCUCUGCUUUCACUCUUCUCAACUGUCCUCUCUCAGCUUCUUCCUCUGCUCCGUUUCAAGUCGCAUCAUCAUCACGAACUCAUUGAAUGCUCAUGGCUAACUCUUCCUCUGCUUUCACUCUUCUCAACUGUCCUCUCUCAGCUUCUUCCUCUGCUCCGUUCCGGCUUCGAUCGUUAACGAUUCCAAAGCGUCAGUCCUCCUUUCGAGCUCGACCCAGAAGCAAACCCGUCUGCCUCUCCGUCCUCGAUUCUCGAAUCGGUGCUCAGCAGGAAGAUAUUGUCAUUGUCGGCGGCGGAAUCGCCGGCCUGGCCACCGCGCUUUCCCUCCACAGGCUUGGUGUAGGGUCGUUAGUGCUUGAGCAGGCGGAAUCGCUUCGUACUGGUGGAACCUCGAUCACCCUUUUCAAGAAUGGGUGGCGAGUGCUGGAUGUCAUGGGAGUCGGGGAUGUUCUCAGAACCCAGUUUAUUGAAAUUGAAGGGAUGGUAGUGAAAUCAGUGGAUGGAAGGGCGCUGCGCUCCUUUAACUUCAAAGAUGAAGAUGAAGGCCAAGAGGUACGUGCAGUGGAGAGAGGAAUACUUUUAGAGACUCUUGCCUCUAAGCUGCCAUCAGAUGCACUGCGUUUUUCGUCGAAGCUGGCAAAAAUGGAAAGAACCCAAAAUGAUGAAAUUUUGUUGGAACUUGCGGAUGGAACCAAGUUACUUGCCCAGAUUGUGAUUGCUUGUGAUGGGAUCCGAUCUCCUGUAGCAAAAUGGAUGGGGUUCUCUGAACCCAAGUAUGUUGGGCAUUGCGCUUUCCGUGGGCUUGGAUUCUAUCCUGGUGGUCAGCUGCUCAAACCCAAUGUAAAUUACAUCUAUGGAAGAGGAUUGCGUGCCGGAUUUGUUCCAGUUUCCCCUACCAAGGUUUACUGGUUCAUCUGCUUCAACAGUUCCUCCCCAGGUCCAAAGAUUAGUGAUCCAUUUAUGUUGAAAAAGCAAGCUGAAGAACUAGUCAGGAACUGGCCUCCAGAGCUAUUGAAGAUCAUAGAUGACACUCCAGAAGAUACCAUCAUUAGAACUCCGUUAGUAGACCGAUGGCUGUGGCCAGUCAUAAGCCCUCCCGUUUCAGCAGGAAGAGUGGUUUUGGCUGGCGAUGCAUGGCACCCGAUGACUCCCAAUCUUGGGCAAGGUGCUUGUUGUGCGCUGGAAGAUGCAGUGGUUCUGGCAAGAAAGCUUGCUGGUGCGAUUAAGUCAGGACCUGCAUCCGUGGAAGAUGCAUUUCAAUCAUAUGGGAGUGAAAGAUGGUCCCGUGUGUUUCCAUUAACAGUGCGUGCAAACCUUGUGGGAGCCCUUCUGCAAUGGGAUAAUCCGGUGGUGUGUUCUGUUCGGAAUAGUGUUGUCAUACCUAAGCUUGCUCAGCUUGGACCAUUGUUGGAGCAUACAAAUUUCAACUGUGAGCCUCUAUAUUAGAGUUAGAAAAACAAAUUUUGGAUCACUGAAACAUGAUCCUUGAGAAGUAGCUAGGUUUUACACAAAUUACCUCUUAAAACCUUCCCAUUGUUCAAAAGCUAGUGCCCUGAUUCCUUGAAACUAAAAUCGUAUUAUGGUUCUUGGUUCUUGAACUAUUCCAAACAUUUUUUUUCCCUUGAAUACAUUAUAUGGUGUUUAUAUAGUGUAGAUUUUCAAUAAAUUAUAGUUCUUUGGGUCAUUUA